UGAUCACGCCUGCGCCAAGAGUAACAAGAUGGCGGAGAGUGCGGAACUGAAGCAAAUGGUAAUGAGCCUUCGCGUCUCGGAGCUUCAAGUACUGCUGGGAUACGCCGGGCGUAACAAACACGGACGCAAGCACGAACUCUUGGCCAAGGCCCUGCACUUGCUGAAGGCCGGCUGCAGCCCCGCCGUUCAGAUGAAAAUCAAAGAGCUCUACCGCCGCCGUUUCCCCACCAAGAUGGUGUCCCCGGCGGAGCUGGCCCUUCCCAGCAUGCACUCCGCCACCAGCGCCCUGCCGGCGGGCCUCACCCAGCUGGGCUACGACGGCCACGGCGCCCCCUCGCCCCUGCUGCCCGUCUCCCUGCUGGGGCCCAAGCACGAGCUGGGCCUGCCCCACCUGCCCUCCACCCUGCACCCCGUGCACCCCGACGUCAAACUGCAGAGACUGCCUUUCUACGACAUGCUGGAUGAGCUCAUCAAACCCACCAGCCUGGCCUCGGACAACAGCCAGCGGUUUCAGGAAACGUGUUUUGCGUUUGCGUUAACACCUCAGCAAGUGCAGCAGAUCAGUAGCUCAAUGGACAUCUCUGGGACCAAAUGCGACUUUACCGUCCAGGUGCAGCUAAGGUUUUGUUUAUCAGAGACAAGCUGUCCUCAGGAAGAUCACUUUCCUCCCAACCUGUGUGUGAAAGUCAACAGUAAACCCUGCAACCUCCCGGGGUAUCUCCCUCCCACCAAAAAUGGAGUUGAGCCAAAGCGACCGAGCAGGCCCAUCAACAUUACCUCACUGGUCCGAUUGUCCACAACAGUCGCCAACACCAUCGUGGUGUCGUGGACAUCUGAAAUCGGAAGGAGCUACUCCAUGGCAGUGUACCUGGUGAAGCAACAGUCCUCCACAGUGUUGCUGCAGAGACUACGGGCCAAAGGCAUCCGCAACCCUGACCACUCCAGAGCACUCAUCAAAGAGAAGCUGACUGCAGACCCCGACAGUGAAAUUGCCACCACCAGCCUGCGAGUGUCCCUGCUCUGUCCGCUGGGGAAGAUGCGUCUGAUGAUUCCGUGCAGAGCGCUCACCUGCUCACACCUGCAGUGCUUCGACGCCACACUCUACAUCCAGAUGAAUGAGAAGAAGCCCACAUGGGUGUGUCCCGUCUGCGACAAGAAGGCUCCCUACGAGCACCUCAUCAUCGACGGGUUGUUCAUGGAGAUCCUGAACAGCUGUGUGGACUGUGAUGAGAUCCAAUUCAAAGAGGAUGGAAGCUGGGCACCCAUGAGGUCGAAGAAAGAAGUCCAGGAGGUCUCUGCCCCCUACAACGGCUUGGAAGGGGCGUGUCGGCCAGCCGCGUCGGAGCACAGGAGUAACUCCUCCGGGGGCAGCGGGAGCGGCCGCAAGGUGGAGGUGAUCGACCUGACGCUGGACAGCUCCUCUGAGGACGAGGACGACGAGCCGCCCCCGCCGAAGAGGGCCUGUCCCUCCCUGUCCCCCGCCUCGCCGCCUAUCAGCAAGGGGGUGUUGAAUCUGCACCCGCAGGCGUCUCCCGUGGCUCGAACUCCCAGCAUGCCCCCCGUGGACACCAACUACAUCCCUCCGCCUCCCCCCCUCAUCCAGGACUAUCGCCACUACUAUCACACACCUAAUGACCUAUCAGACCUGAAUUUCUUCUCGUUUUUACAAGGUGACAAUCAUCAGCAUUAUAACAUGGUGAUGGCGGCGGCGGCCGCUGCCUCGGCCUCCGAGGACCACGACCUCCUGCUGAACCGCUUCCUGCCGUACGGCUCCUCCCAGCUGUUCCUGGAUCAGCCGAGCACGCCUGUGAGCAGCGCCCUGGCCUCGGCCAGCGGCGGGAGCAGCAGCAGCAGCCUGCGCGACGGCCACGCCCAUCCCGCCGCCUCCCGGGCCUCCGCCGAGGCCGCCGCGGUGGCGGCCGCCGCCCUGUACGGCUCCAUCCCCGACGUCAUCUCGCUGGACUGACCGGCGCGGCGCCCUGCCACGCCCACACAAAACAAACUCACACCCGACAGAAAAGAAGAGGCAAGGAAGUAAGGUCUUUUUUAAAAAAAAGAAAUACAAACAGACAAAAAAACGUCAUAUAAGAACGAUGCUGUGUACAGAGAACAAAAAUAUAUUUUCAGUUUUACUUUUGUAUAUAAACCUAGGACCUGCCUGUCCAGUGAGCGACUUCAGUUGAUAUUUUUUUCUGGAAACUGAAGAGUUUUUCACAGCUCUACAUUUCUGUGUUCCCCUGAUUAUAUUACCCCUUUUAUAUUUCUUUUCUGCUUUUAUUUGAUUUGAUUUUAUUUGACUUGAUUUUAUCCAGAUGUUCCACAUAGAUGGCAUUAUUUUAUCGGCAGUAAUAUUGUUAAUCGAUCUCUCCUCUACAUUGAAAUCAUGGUAGAAGCCUCUCCUCUCAGAAGGGUGAGCGCUGAGUGGCUAAUGAAGGGUUAAUCGUGUUACUUACCGUUUUGAUUUGCGUAAAUUAUCGGAGCUGUUUAAAUGCAUUCCCUCCACUGUUUCUGGACGCAGGGAUGGGGAGUGGGGUGAAGGACACAGCGGCCCAUUUCUGCUCUCUCUCUCUCUCUGUCUCUCUCUCACAC